CUAAUAUUAAUGCGAAAAGGUGUCAAGAAUGACAGCAGCGACCAGUAUGAUAACAAUUUGUAUUAUUAAACUUAUUAAUAAUUUUUAAGUCAACCAUCAGUAACGGCAAUAACAUUUUACAUUAAAACUAUAAAUAUAGGAGACCAUUUAGGCGUCACGUUGCGGGGGAAGCGAGCUUUGAAAUUUCGUCUAUUGGUCAUGAGUGAUAAGGGAUUUUAAAAAUAAUUCGCCCACAACUCAAGCAUUUUCAGCAUCAAAGCUGUUCCGACUCCAAGCUGUUUCUAAUAACUUCCGCCAGGCGUGAUUUUUAUGAGAUUUACCUAUUUCAUUGUAUAAUUAGGUUCAGCAAAAUUACCACAUUGUACAAUCUGGCAAAAAUAAUGUAAUAAAGUUGUUAACAAUCCCGAAUCAUUGAGUAGGCGGGGUCAUACUCUUUCCCCGGAACCUCUGAAUUUACUCAGAAAUCAUUUUAAUCGAAAAAGAUUUCCCAGCUGACAGAUAACCUGCUGAUUUAGGGAUAAAUGUAAAGAAUAAAAAAAGUAUUUACUUUCUGCAAGUUACAAAACGGGACUGGUGAAAUUGGACAGCAGAAUUAAUGUGUACAGUUUUCCAAGUUACAAAAGAAAGCAAGUUAUUAUAGAAGUUUUGAAUAUUGCAAAUAAGACAUUGCCACGUCAAAGUUUCAUGUGUUAAGGGAAGAUAGCAGAGACAAUUAAAUAAGGUCAUGAAAGUGAAAUGCAUUUCAAGGUGACUCCGUUUAUAAAUUAUGUGAUGGGGGAUACACAGAUGGCGCACUUGACAGUGCUUGAUGAAUAGCGAGGGGAGUAUUUUUUAACGUUACCACUGAGGUCAAGGUACUUCAGUAAUAAAAGUAAGUAAAAGUCUAGAUAUUUUAAGUUGUAAGAAUUGGGAAGAGGGAAACCAGAUGUCCCGGUAUCUGUUAUCCUCUGCUGACACCCUGCUUUCCCCCUUCCGAGCUAAAUUCACUUCUUCUUCGCUCUUGCGCUGCGGUUCAGCAGAAUCCGACCCAAGCCCGAGAUGCCGACUUGGGUCAAACACAGAUGUUUUCUAGCGUGAACAACUGUUCUCAUGUAUAAAUGAAAAUCUGAAAUGUAAAGCAGGCCAUCCGGAAAUUACAGAUGUUGGGGACAAGAGGGUCAAAACAGCUGAAAGAAUAUCAUGGGGGAGCGAGAGAGAGAGAGAGAAAGAGAGAGAGAAUAAUGGUUGAACGCCCCGCCCUGCAGGGAGCAGCAGCGAGCUCCUCAUUAGCGAUGCCGCUCCCGGAUUGGACAGCGGCUGCUGGCUUUGAAGUUCCCCUUCAGAUCUCCGAUAUUUGAAGUGUUCAUGGUAGAGGGGACGUGUGUUAAGAGAGAGUCCGCAGGAGCAAAGGGGACGUCCGCGUUUGGGAUUUCUUUCGCUUUCCAUUUCCUUUCCCGUCUUUCUCCUUUCUCUGUUUUUUGGAUUUUUUUUAUUUCCGCUGUCAAGCGAGGACGGCGGCGACGGGCGGGUUUCAUUACGGGGAAGACGGAUUGGGACACGCAACCAUGAAUUUGUUUUUUUCUUUAGGGUAAAAAUACACAGUCGUCUGCUUUUAUUCGGCUGGGACCGCGCUAAGAGAGCCCCGGGGAUGCUUGGAUUAUAAAAUACGAUCUGCCAGGAAGGUUAUUGUGCCCGGUUAAUAAUGAUUCGAUAAAUGCAUCCUAGAUCACACCCUGCCGCUUCGCCCUGCUCCAAAUGAACGAUCCUCCUGGUCCAUCUGAAGGCAGACAGACAACCCAGCGCACCGGCAGCGACGGCGACCGGAGCAGCGGCGUUUGCUCCGCAGUCAAAAGCUUUUCGCCCCCUUUACUGUGUCCCUCGGAUCCUGCGCGUCAAGCCAAGCGGUUGCCAGUGCGGAUCCUCAAGAUGCUGACCGCCCACACCGGCCACUUGCUGCACCCAGAGUAUCUCCAGCCCCUGACCUCUGCUCCGCUAGAUGCCAAGAAGAGCCCUCUGGCCCUGCUGGCACAGACUUGCUCGCAGAUAGGCAAGCCGGACCCACCUCCCUCGUCCAAGCUGAGCUCUCUCACCUCGGGCGGCCUGGGUGACAAGGAGCCAGUCAGCCGUUCUUCCACCUCCGCCCUUAAGGUGACGGAGCAGCACCAGCCUCUGGACGACAAGUCCAGCUUCAAGCCUUAUUCCAAGGUGAGCGGGGAGUGUCGCAAGGACCCUGGGGGCGCUGGCGGCAGCACUGAAAAGGGCGGCUUUCGGGUCCCGAGCACCACCGGAGCCGGCCCCGUUUCUGCUCCGCCCUUCGCCCCCCACACCCUCUCGCCGAACAGUCGGGUGGGUUCGCCCCCUCAGCGGCCCCAGUCACAGACCCCCCCGUCCCAGCAAACGCAGCAUCCACAGGCCCUGCAUUUGGAUUCCAAGCCACCAGGGGCAGAACCGAGCAAUUCAGAGAGCAGUGGUGGCGUCAAAAAAGAGGCGGAGCCCUGCAAGUCCAAUCUGGAGGGCGCCCAGCUCGCCAACUCCAGCAGCACCCGCGCCAGCGCCAACGGCAGCAGCGGCAGCUCAGCGGGCAGCCCGCACCACGAGGGCAAGGUGGACGUGCACGCCCCGCCGUCUGGCCUCAGUUCCGGACAUGUGGCUCCUGUCUCCCCCUUCAAACCAGGCCAUUCGGUCUUCCCCCUGCCGCCCUCCAGUAUGGGUUACCACGGCUCCAUAGUGGGCGCAUAUGCAGGCUACCCCUCUCAGUUUGUGUCUGGUUUGGACCAUACCAAGUCUAGCUUGGUGGGAGGGGGGAUCGGUGUCCCGGGAAAACACCCCAGCUCUAGCCCCCUCACUGGGGCUUCGCCCCCAUCCUUCAUGCAAGGCCUGUGCCGCGACCCCUACUGUCUCGCCUAUUCCAAUGCCCCCCACCUAGGAGGCAACAGCUGCUCGUCUUGCAUCCAUGAUCCCUCUGCACUCAAGUCCCAGGGCUUACACACCCAAGGCUUUCCAUUGGUUUAUCCCAGCCACCCGCUGCAUCCCCUGCACCCCAGCUCGCUGUCGUCGAGCGGGACGCCCUCACUCUCCCACCCGCUCUACAGCUACGGCUUCAUGCUGCCCAACGAGCCCCACCCCCACGCCUGUAACUGGGUGUCGGCAGGAGGCCCGUGUGACAAGCGCUUCGCCACGUCCGACGAGCUGCUGACCCACCUGCGCACGCACACCGCGCUCCCCGGCAUCGACGGCAAGCUGCUCUCCGCCUACCCCUCCUCAGUCUCCUCUGCCAGCUCCUGCCAUCUGCACCUGCCCCCACCGGGCAGCCCCGGCUCCUUCUCUCUGCGAGCCCCACCCAGCCUGGGCCUGUCCCGCUACCACCCGUACAGCAAGGCCCACCUGCCUGCGUCCGCCUCGCUGCCCGUGCACUCGCUGCCCGCUGCUGCCGCCCCCUAUUACUCCCCCUACGCCCUCUACAGCCAGAGACUGGGCUCUGCAUCUGCCCUGGGCUAUCAGUGACACAUGCCGGACUCUCUUUGCAAUUUUCUGCAGGUGCGCCCUGGGUCCCAUGCCCGCACGCUGUGCUGGGGCGCCCCCCGGUGAUCCCGGGGAGGAAAUGGACGCAGGCGGGCCUGACUCGAGGCGUGUGAGAUUAGCUUUGUCUGAUUUUUUUAUUUUUUUGUUGUUUUUUUUUACAUGUAUUUAUUUUUUACUCAGCGCUUGGAUUUUAAGGUGGGAAAUUUAUUAUCCAAAACAAUCCUAAAAUUCUUAUGAUGAUGAUGGUUAUGAUAGAUAUUAUAAUGAUACCCUUUUAUAAAUAAAGUCUAACAGUAUGCAACACAAUGAACCUGCACUCUGGUUCCUUGAAUUCCAUUCUUAACCACCGCCUUCUGAAGUUCUGAUUUAUUAUUUUUUUUGUUCUGUCCCUGCGAUACAGGUAGUGUGCAUGACCUCGCUGAUGUCACACGCUCACCUCCGGGUUCUUAAAAAUGCCAUUUAUUUUUGAUUUGUACAGGACAAUAUAGGGGGAAAAAAAAAAGAUGUAAUAUUUUUUUGUAACUGUAAUGGAGAGAAGUCCGGGUCGACUCAUGGAGGGAGUCAGACAAACUCUGAAGCGAUGAAGAUGCUGUCCGUUUGAUGGGGAAGGUCUUAUUUUGUUUAAUAAAUGAUUCCUGAUUAUAUUUAA